CCCUCUCCUCGAUCGCCACCUCCACUAGCAGCAGCACCACAUUCCUUCCUUCCCGCCCCCCGAUAACCUCCUCCUCCCCGCUUCGGAUCUCACCACCACCACCACGUCCGAUCCGGCACUCCAUUCCAACCCCAGUCGCCCGAUGACGCAGACCCCCAGCGCCCACGCCGCCACGCCGGCGCCUCAACCUCCCGCCGAGGGCGCCGGGCUGUCCGAGGCCAUCGUGGCCGCGCUGCCGCCGGACCCGUACGACCAGCUGGAGGUGGCCCGCAAGAUCACCGCCGUGGCCGUGGCCGCGCGCGCCUCCCGCCUGGAGCACGAGGCCGCGCGCCUCCGCCAGAAGCUGGCCGACAAGGACCGCCUCGCCGCCGAGCUCGCCGACAGGGCCGAGGAGCUCGACCAGGCCCUCCGCGACGCCGACGCCCGCCUCCGCGCCGUCCUCGAUGACAACGCUAAGCUGGUGAAGGAGAGGGACUCGCUCGUCCAGACGUCCAGGAAGCUGGCCAGGGACCUCUCCAAGCUGGAGACGUUCAAGAGACACCUGAUGCAGACACUGGGGGACGACAAUUCUUCAAGUCAGGAGACAGUGGACAUCAGGACCUGCGAGCAAUCGGUCGCCAAAGCAAGUUCCUGGAGAGACGACGCGUCCGCGAGCAAUAAUCCUGCUCCUGCAUCCACCACCCGAGCCGACGGAUCUUCGGAAGCCGAAAGCGUGAACCAGGAAGUGGCAAGGCCGUUCGAGCAGAAGCUCACCAUCACGCACAUGACCCCGCGCCUCAUCGCCGACCCGGCGCCGAAGCAGAGGUCCUCCUCCGCGGCCUCCGCCCGGAGAUACUCCACCGCCGUGUCCCCGAAGCUGGCGUCCCGCGCCUCUUCCCCUCGACGGUACUCCACGGCCGUGUCGCCGAAGCUGUCGUCCGGCAGCAGCGGCGCCGGCGCCGCCACUUCCCCGCGGCUCGAAGGCCACAUGGCGAUGUCGGCGUGGCUCCCCUCCAGCAAGAUGUCCUCUGCGGCCAACUCGCCCCCUCGUGGGCACUCAGUCUCAGGGCGCACGACGAGGAUAGAUGGCAAGGAGUUCUUCCGUCAAGCGAGGAGCCGUCUGUCGUACGAACAGUUUGCUGCUUUCCUCGCCAACAUCAAGGAGCUCAACGCUCACAGGCAAUCCCAAGAGGAGACCCUCGAAAAGGCAGACCAGAUCUUCGGCGCAGAAAACAAGGACCUCCUCCUCUCAUUUCAGGGCCUGCUUAGCCGUAGCCUCACGUAACACACACACACACACACCCACAGGCAAUUUUAUACCACCUGAAUGCAAUGCAGAAAGUGAAAAUUAUGUGCACUUUGUAUGCAGAAUAAUCAUCUGUUCAUCGCAAAAGUAAAGAAAUAAUCGUCAUUUCUUCAUCACACAAA